AAUGAACCCCUUAUUCUCCUGUCAUUUGCACAGCCUGAACGCGGUUUCAUCUCCUCAUUUCAUUAGUUCAGCUGUCUUUGAGGCAAAAAUAGCCUAACACAAAACGUCUUCGACCAUGGCGUGUCCUUUUCUGGAGGACCCCGUCGACGAAGGAGCCGCGUUGCUCCGCAGGGAGCUACGUUUACGCAGGGAGAGGAUUCUGAGGCCCCGACUGGAUGUUUUAUCGUUUCCAGAUGACGACCUGUUUGAGCGUUACCGUUUCUCAUCGAACUCCAUUUCGUAUCUCCACAAUCUUCUCAAGCCUCGCAUCGCCAACGUCACCCGCCGUGGACGUGCUCUGACAUCCGAGCAGAUUCUCUGUGUCGCCCUGCGUUUUUUUGCAAACGGGAGUUUUCUGUACAACAUCGGCGACGCUGAGCACAUCAGUAAGGCCACGGUAAGCAGAUCCGUGAGGAAAGUUUGCCUCGCUCUGAAAAGCCUUUUAAACAGUUUUGUAGCGUUUCCUGGGCACAAACCAGUGAAAGCUAUCAAAGAGGAGUUCCUCAGUAUUGCAGGAUUUCCCAACGUGAUUGGCUGCAUCGAUGCCACUCACAUUCCCAUCACUGCUCCUUCAGAAAAUGAAGCGGAUUAUCUGAACGGGAAGUCCAGCCACAGCAUUAAUGUGCAGAUCAUAAGUGACGCUGCCCACAUCAUCACUAACUUGGAGGCCAAGUGGCCUGGAGCUGUGCAUGCCUCUCGGAUAUUUCAAGAGUCUACGUUGAGCAAAAGGAUGGAAAAUGGUGAGUUUGAUGGCCUUCUGCUGGGUGACAGGGGUUACCCAUGCCAGCCAACUCUGCUGACCCCUUACCCUGACCCCGAGCCAGGCCCCCAGCAGAACUUUAAUGAGGCCCACAGCAGGACGAGAGCCCAGGUGGACAAGACCAUAGGCCUGCUGAAAGCCCGUUUCAAGUGCCUACGCCACCUCAGGGUAACCAAUCCUACGAGGGCCUGUGACAUUAUUGCGGCAUGUGUUGUUCUCCAUAAUAUUGCCACGAUUAGAGGAGAGCAACACCCGGCCGUACAAAUUGAGGACCCUACUGAAGACCACGUCCGCCCUGAAGAUACACAGGAUGGAAGAGCAGUCAGAGACAUAAUAUGCCAGAAGCUUUUCUCUGAUUUAAGCCACCCGAACAACCAGCCAGAUCAGUCAAAUAAAGAUGAAUGAGUC